ACUACACUCCUAAAUUGUCCACAAAACGUCUUGUUUUCUUAUCGUGAAUUAAAUUACAUGAUAUAUGACCAAAUGCAAUUUUACCCUCUUGUACUUCAUUCCUUCCAUAAUCUUUCACUUUGCGCUCCUUUUCUCACAAGUUCUCUUUUCGGCACGGUGAGCAGGGUUUGAUGGCCACGUCGAGAAAAUCGUUAGCUGAGCAGAUUGCCUGCGACUUGCUCGAAUCUAAAAGCUUCCGUCUGGUCUCAUGCAAAGUUUUGCAAUCACUUUGGGCCGGCUAUGGACAUAUUUGCAGGAUAGAGGCUGUGCCCGCUUCCAGUGCUUCAGACGUAGCGCCUACAUCACUAAUUUUGAAGCACAUUGAACCUCCCGUCAUCAAACCAAAUGGGAGACUAGUAGAUGAAGGACAUAUCCGCAAAAUCCUUUCCUACCAGGUUGAGCAGUUUUUUUACACCAAGCUGGCGCCGCAGUUGCCCAAGCAAAUCGCAGUCGCAGCCUGCAUUGCGAGCGUUUCGUCCGACUCACAUGGGUUUUCAACGGCAACGUUGCUGAGUGACCUCUGCGAAACAUUUCCAAUUGCUGGUGAGAAGCGAGUCGAGUUGAGCGAGCGACAAGUAUAUGCUGCGCUGGACUGGCUGGCUGGCUUCCACGGCUUUUGGUGGACUCGUGUGAAACAGUUUGACCGAGCAGCGCUUUGUCCUCCGCCGAUGGAAUACGUGAAAGCUAACGGAAUCGCUGCAUUGAGGACUGAAGGGGUGUGGUUGAAUGGCGGCUACACGUAUUUGGCAACGAGGAUGACGGAAUAUAGCUCUUUGAAGGAAGAUGCGUCAUCUGAAUGGUCUUCAGCACUCUGCUCGGGUGCACCAUCAGUCGCCGAGCUGGCAUCAAUAGAAAUUUCACCUCAAAAUGCGGCAAACGUGGAUUACAUCACCCUUAUACACGGUGAUGUUAAAUCCGAGAAUCUCUUUAGCACGGCAGACGGUUCAUCAGUAGCCUUCUAUGACUUUCAGUACGUGGGUCUUGGUCUUGGUGUAAGUGACCUUGCGAAACUUUUUACCUGCUCUGUUCCUGCAAAGUUAUUGCCUGCGGAUAAAGGGCUCGGAGCACAAGAGGAAGUGUUCUUGCGCUAUUACCACGACAAACUUGAACUUGCAUCGGGUCGGACUUAUCCAUGGGAUACGUUCAUUCGCCAUUGGGAAUUUGCGUUGCUCGAUUGGCUUCGAUUUCAAGCCUCGUGGGGAUUCUGGGGCAACACAGACUGGUUGGAGGAGAGAGGAAGGGGGAUUUUACAGAUGAAUGGUUGGUAAUGGGACAAACAUGAUCAGUAGUACUUAGAGAUAGAAAAGUAUAUGAAUGGAUAGUACAUAGAAUAAUAAGAUGGAUGACGUGUAUGUAGAACAA